AUGAUCCACGUCAACGACAACAGUGUCGACCCAUCGAAUUCGAUAUCUAGAGAGAAAAACAAUCAAGAUCUGGAACCACCAAGUGAAAUGCAGUUACGUGAAGAUCUUGAAAAAGGCAACGAAAAGGCAAAAGCUGAAGCAUUAAAAAAGUUAAUUGUCAUGAUGUUGAAUGGUGAAAAAUUCCCAUCAUUAUUAAUGAUCAUCAUCCGUUAUGUUAUGCCGUCACAAGAUCAUACAAUUAAAAAACUUUUACUCGUCUUCUGGGAAAUUGUACCUAAACAUACAGCAGAUGGCAAACUCCUUCAAGAAAUGAUUCUAGUUUGUGAUGCUUAUCGAAAAGAUCUUCAACAUCCAAAUGAAUUUAUUCGUGGUUCAACACUUCGUUUCUUAUGUAAACUCAAAGAACCCGAACUACUCGAACCUCUGAUGCCAUCAAUUCGUGCUUGUCUCGAAUAUCGUCACGCCUAUGUUCGUCGUAAUGCUGUCUUGGCAAUCUUUACAAUUUACAAGAAUUCCGAUUUUCUUAUUCCUGAUGCACCGGAAUUAAUCGGUAAAUUUCUCGAUGUCGAACAAGAUAUGUCAUGUCGUCGAAAUGCAUUCAUGAUGCUAAUUCAUGUUGAUCAAGAACGCGCAUUGAACUAUCUCUCCAACGUUAUUGAUCAAGUAAAUUCAUUUGGUGAUAUUUUACAAUUGGUUAUCGUUGAACUUAUCUACAAAGUUUGUCACAGCAAUCCCAAUGAACGUGCACGAUUUAUUCGAUGUAUCUACAAUUUGUUAAAUUCAUCAUCACAAGCUGUACGUUAUGAAGCGGCUGGAACAUUGAUCACUUUGUCCAGUGCGCCAACAGCUGUCCGCGCAGCAAGUUCUUGUUAUAUCGAUUUGAUUAUCAAAGAAAGUGACAACAAUGUGAAACUAAUCGUUCUUGAUCGUUUGAUCGCUUUGAAAGAUAUCGCAGCGCAUGAACGUAUUUUACAAGAAUUAGUGAUGGACAUUCUUCGUGUAUUAGCAUCACCGGAUAUCGAAGUUCGAAAGAAAACACUUCAAUUGAGUUAUGAUUUAGUUACAUCGAAAACGAUCAAUGAAAUGGUCUUAGUUUUGAAAAAAGAAGUUUCGAAAACUCACAAUGCCCAAGAAACAGAAGAUGUGGAAAAAUAUAAACAACUGUUAGUUCGAACAUUACAUCAAUGCACCAUGAAAUUUCCCGAUGUGGCCAAUACAAUUCUUCCUGUUCUUAUUGAAUUUCUCGCCGAUAAGAACGAAUUAGCUGCACUUGAUGUUCUCGUUUUCAUUCGUGAUGUUAUGCAGAAAUUUUCCAAUCUAAAAGAUCUUGUUGUUCAACGUUUAUUAGAUAUUUGUGGACAAAUCAGAUCGGCUAAAGUUCUUCGUGCAACCUUAUGGUUAUUAGGUGAAUACUGCUCAUCGGUUGAAGAUAUUCAAAAUGUGAUGACAUUCAUUCGUCAAUCUCUUGGUGAUUUACCUAUUGUUGAUGAUGAAAUUCGUCGUUCAACAGGCGAAACAAAGGAUGAUCAAGACACAUCAAUGUCCGCACCAGUUCAACGUUUAGUUACAGCCGAUGGUACCUAUGCCACACAAAGUGCAUUUGUUUCGUCAACAACUGCCGAUAAGAAGACCGUGAAUGGUUUAGCAAAUGAUCGUAAUCGCCAACCAUCCUUACGAACAUUUUUAUUGGACGGAGACUUUUUUAUUGGUGCAGCAUUAGCAACAUCAUUAUGUAAAUUGGUCAUACGUUACAUGUCAUUAGAACCUGAUUCAGCCAAACAAAAUCGUUUCUGUGCCGAAGCAAUGUUUAUCAUUGCAAGUAUAUUACAUUUAGGACGAACAAGUUUACCAUCAAAACCGAUGAAUGAAGAUGAUCAUGAUCGUAUGUUAAUGUGUGUACGAUUAUUAAAUGAACGGUUACCGGUUACAUUCCAUAUUUUUGGAGAAGAUUGUCGAACAGCAUUAGCAGAUAUGUUGUCAGCGAAAGCACAAGAACAGAAAGAAAUAGAAAAGAAACUAUCGAAAGGAAAAACAGCAGCGGUUGAACCGGAUGAUCCAAUUCGUUUUACUCAAUUAUUAGCAUCAAAUGAAUUCGAUGAAAAAGAAGAUAUUCUUGAUUUGACACUCAAACAAGCCAUUGGAACAAUCGGAAAGAAAGACGAAGAUAUAUUCAGUUCAUCAAAACUCAGCAAAGUCACACAAUUGACUGGUUUCAGCGAUCCAGUCUAUGCUGAAGCAUAUGUGAAUGUCAAUCAAUACGAUAUUGUUCUCGAUGUACUUAUUGUUAAUCAAACAUCUGAUACAUUACAAAAUCUCACUUUGGAAUUAGCCACACUCGGUGAUUUGAAAUUAGUAGAAAAACCUCAAUCGAUUACUAUGGCACCACAUGAUUUUACUAAUAUCAAAGCGAACAUCAAAGUAACAUCGACAGAAAAUGGUAUUAUUUUUGGUAACAUCGUUUAUGAUGUGACCAGUUCACAAUCGGAUCGUAAUUGUGUUGUUCUCAAUGAUAUUCAUAUUGAUAUUAUGGAUUAUAUUGUUCCUGCAACGUGCACAGAUAAUGAAUUCCGUCAAAUGUGGAUCGAAUUUGAAUGGGAAAAUAAGAUUGUUGUCAAUACAACUAUACGCGAUCUUCACCUUUAUUUAACUUAUCUAUUAAAAUCAACAAAUAUGCGUUGUUUAACACCAGAAAAAGCUCUGUCAGGCGAUUGCGGUUUUAUGGCAGCGAAUCUAUAUGCCAAAUCUAUCUUUGGUGAAGACGUUCUAUCAAAUAUUAGUAUCGAAAAGUCAGCCAUACAUGCUGAUGCGCCUGUGACGGGACAUAUUCGUAUUCGAGCAAAAAGUCAAGGCAUGGCUUUGUCCAUGGGUGAUAAGAUCAACAUGACCCAAAAGACUGGUUUCAAAGGUGUUUCAGCAUUGCAAAAAUAG